UGUGGUUUCGGGUUGAUCCGAGUCUUUUGGCUGUGUGUCAGGCUGUCUGCCUACUGUAUUGUACUGUGAGAAGGCAGGCAGAUAGGGGGCACCUCAGCAAAAUCUCCCGCUCAACUUCACAUUCAACCCCCCUACGAACUUACCUUCUAAUUUCAACGCGUUUUAAAACCGACCACAGGACUUAAACAUCUGAUCGCUUUAUUUAUUGAUUCUAUUUUCGGUUAGUUUAUGGUUUGUGUUUUUACACUCCGGGAGGGCAGAAAUGGCCGCCAACAUGUACCGGGUCGGAGGUAUGUCACAUUGUUUUUUGAUAUAGUCGAAACAUGCUAAUUUUAUAUCAAUGCAGCGAAUGUGUGUUACAUUAUCUUAUAUAUACACCUAUAGUGUCAUUUCUGAUAUUAUACAUGUAAACGCGUGCUGUCAUUUACCAGAGAAACGCACGGAUUUCCAAAUAUUUGGGAUUCUAAUGGGUCAGGCCUCGCGACUAUCGUGGCCAUACCAGUUAGCUAGCAUGCUACACCAUAAACAUUUACAAUUUUUUACUUAUUUUCACGUUAUAUCCCAUUUAAUCCACACAUGCACGGCAUGUUUUGAUGUGUGCGUGUUUGAUUGACUUUAUUGUUGUUUGGAAAAGGUCCUUUGUAUUUGGCUCCUUUUUGGCACGCAUCCAUGUAUUACGGCUCCUUCUUGCGUUAGCUACCAGCUAGCUAACUACCCCCCUGGCUAGAAGGGCAUGCUUUGUUGCCAAUGCAAUGAAUUAUCUUAACCGUUAUAAUAACGCUCUAUUGUUUGACAGUGUGAAGGGAAUGGCCCAUACAUCUGUAUUUGGUAGUUUUACUGUUGCUCAUAUUCAAUGAGCUACCUAACUAGCUAUGUGGUUAGCUUUACCAGGUUAGCCACCUAACAGUUAGAUAGCUGUUGAUGGCAUCCGACAUUGUCUCAUGAUGGCGUCGCGUGAAUGAAUCUUUCACGUUUGUGAGGAUAGCCAGUAGCUAGCUACUGUGUUAUGAUAAUUAUCCCACAACAUCUGGGCAACAAAGUCGGCGGUAAAGGAUAUUGUCUUGCAUGUAUGAUAACGUUAUAUGUACACACUGCUGGGUGAAAAGAUUAUCUGGCAACAAUGUAACGAUGCUUUUUUUCUACUUGGCUACAGAAUAUCGGAAUGUGUCACGUGAUGUUUGAUUUGUUGUCAUCUUGGAGUGUUUUCCACUUGAUGUCACUGCUGUGUAUUUGCAUUGCAUCAAUAUUAUAAUAUACUGUAUGAUAUUAUUGCUAUGAUAUUAUAUCUACUGAGUUAAUGUGUAAUCUGCCUAUGGGUGAAAGUGGUUGUCUGUGUAUCGCCUGUCUUUCUGAGUAGAGAUGUGAAAUGUGUGUGUGUGUGUGUGUGUGUGUAGUACGGUAGCAAACCUAUUUGAUGAUGGUUGACAGGCAUCUAUAGGUAGAGGUACCACUCAGACCUGAUUGACUUGUUUAACUUUGACCUGAACCACCAACCCUCAGAAAUAAUUUGUGUGUACCCUGGCUCCCAGCUUUUGACUACUGCAGCCUCUACCAAGGGUUCUGGAUCUUUAUGGCACAGACAACAUACAGUGGCCUGGCCCCUUAACUGCAGGGUCACUGGUUUAAGCCCCAUUAGGGGUGUUGAAUUAGGUGUUAGAACAGGGCUGGAAUAAAAGCCUGCACACCCAGUAGUUGUAAUGGAGUAGGUUAUAUGGCAGGCCGUGUGUUAAUGUGAUGUUAUUAUGUUCUCUUCCAGACUAUGUAUUCUUUGAGAAUUCCUCCAGCAACCCUUACCUGAUCCGCCGUAUAGAAGAACUCAACAAGGUACUGCCCGCCCUGGAGUGUGUGUGUGUGUGUGUGUGUGUGUGUGUGUACAUACGUAAUUAAAGUACUCUGGCUGAUGUGCCUGAGGAGGGAAUAGGUGGAAUGCCUGUCUGUUUUGUGACUUUCCCUCUCCUCACCUGCGCUAGUGUGUGUGUGCAUGUGAGAUUGUGUGUUUAAUAUGAUCCAUAGCGACAGAUGUUACCUGCCUAAAACUGUCAUUUUCAACCGGCAGGUGAGAAUGGGCACACUUCCUCCCUUCCCCCUCACUCUCCAUCCGUACUAGGGAUGUGACCAAUGGAAACAAUUUCUUAACAUUUAGACUGCCAUUUUUGUAUCGGUUUUCCGAUAAAACAAUAAGAAAAUUAAUAAAGUUCCACAUUAAUUCACAAUGCAGAUGGUCUACAUCGCGCAUCCCGCGGAGAGACACAUUUAUAAUUUACGCUGCUGGUGCUCUUGCUUUUCAUGAGAGUGGCGUGUGUAGCUUGUUGUUAUCGUCCAAUCACAAGUCAUCAAACUGGCACUAGGCUACAGUCAAGGAGCCUCCGUGUGGCUAGUUAUUAGGAGAUAUCUAGGCUCAUCAAUGGAAGAUGGAAUUAAAAUUACUGAACUAAAAGUUAAAUGAGAAGGACGGGCUACACCACCAAGAGCCAACAGGUAGGCUGCUAUUUAAUAAUCUGAGUGGAGUUGUUAUUUACUGUAGGAUUAGGAAGAGGACAAAGCGCACAGUUCAAGUUACAAUAUGUAGUCUCAAUUAACCUACCUAACGUUAGCUAGCUGAACUACCGUCUCUCCGUUUGAUGCAGUCAAUACAUGUACUAUGUAAUCAGAUGAGAUGAUACAGUGGGGGAAAAAAGUAUUUAGUCAGCCACCAAGUGUGCAAGUUCUCCCACUUAAAAAGAUGAGAGGCCUGUAAUUUUCAUCAUAGGUACACGUCAACUAUGACAGACAAAAUGAGAAUUUUUUUUCCAGACAAUCACAUUGUAGGAUUUUUAAUGAAUUUAUUUGCAAAUUAUGGUGGAAAAUAAGUAUUUGGUCAAUAACAAACGUUUCUCAAUACUUUUAUAUACCCUUUGUUGGCAAUGACACAGGUCAAACGUUUUCUGUAAGUCUUCACAAGGUUUUCACACACUUGCUGGUAUUUUGGCCCAUUCCUCCAUGCAGAUCUCCUCUAGAGCAGUGACGUUUUGGGGCUGUCGCUGGCAACACGGACUUUCAACUCCCUCCAAAGAUUUUCUAUGGGGUUGAGAUCUGGAGACUGGCUAGGCCACUCCAGGACCUUGAAAUGCUUCUUACGAAGCCACUCCUUCGUUGCCCGGGCGGUGUGUUUGGGAUCAUUGUCAUGCUGAAAGACCCAGCCACGUUUCAUCUUUAAUGCCCUUGCUGAUGGAAGGAGGUUUUCACUCAAAAUCUCACGAUACAUGGCCCCAUUCAUUCUUUCCUUUACACGGAUCAGUCGUCCUGGUCCCUUUGCAGAAAAACAGCCCCAGAGCAUGAUGUUUCCACCCCCAUGCUUCACAGUAGGUAUGGUGUUCUUUGGAUGCAACUGAGCAUUCUUUGUCCUCCAAACACGACGAGUUGAGUUUUUACCAAAAAGUUCUGUUUUGGUUUCAUCUGACCAUAUGACAUUCUCCCAAUCCUCUUCUGGAUCAUCCAAAUGCACUCUAGCAAACUUCAGACGGGCCUGGACAUGUACUGGCUUAAGCAGGGGGGACACGUCUGGCACUGCAGGAUUUGAGUCCCUGGUGGCGUAGUGUGUUACUGAUGGUAGGCUUUGUUACUUUGGUCCCAGCUCUCUGCAGGUCAUUCACUAGGUCCCCCCGUGUGGUUCUGGGAUUUUUGCUCACCGUUCUUGUGAUCAUUUUGACCCCACGGGGUGAGAUCUUGCGUGGAGCCCCAGAUCGAGGGAGAUUAUCAGUGGUCUUGUAUGUCUUCCAUUUCCUAAUAAUUGCUCCCACAGUUGAUUUCUUCAAACCAAGCUGCUUACCUAUUGCAGAUUCAGUCUUCCCAGCCUGGUGCAGGUCUACAAUUUUGUUUCUGGUGUCCUUUGACAGCUCUUUGGUCUUGGCCAUAGUGGAGUUUGGAGUGUGACUGUUUGAGGUUGUGGACAGGUGUCUUUUAUAAGUUCAAACAGGUGCCAUUAAUACAGGUAACGAGUGGAGGACAGAGGAGCCUCUUAAAGAAGAAGUUACAGGUCUGUGAGAGCCAGAAAUCUUGCUUGUUUGUUGGUGACCAAAUACUUAUUUUCCACCAUAAUUUGCAAAUAAAUUCAUUAAAAAUCCUACAAUGUGAUUUUCUGGAUUUUUUCCCCCUCAAUUUGUCUGUCAUAGUUGACGUGUACCGAUUAUGAAAAUUACAGGCCUCUCAUCUUUUUAAGUGGGAGAACUUGCACAAUUGGUGGCUGACUAAAUACUUUUUUCCCCCACUGUAAAUAACUGGCAUUAAGUUAGUCUACCAGCGCGAGUCAAUUUGUUUGCAAUCUCUCUCCUGCUCCCCUCGUCACUCACAUUUGAGCUGCUGCUCUGCUUCAAGCCUCUCGCUCUACCUCGUGCAUUACAGCUCCCGUUAAUAAAGUAGCAAUUUUUUUUUUGAUUUUGUUCUCCUACUAACGUCACAGCAUUGUUGCAUUGGGUAUUUGUACUUUUUUUUUCUUUUUCUGAUGAUGAUCGGGACCUGUUAGUGGUAGUUUUGUGAUAACUGCAAAGUGAUUUUAAUUUGUGAAGGGGAAAAAAGUUUUUUUUUUUGUUUGUCUUGACUGCAUCAAACGGAGAGACGCCAGUUCAGCUAGCUACCGUUAGGUAGGCUAAUUGAGACUACAUAUUGUAACUUGAACUGUGCGCUUUGUCCACUUCCUAAUCCUACAGUAGAUAACAACUCCAUUCAGAUUAUUAAAUAGCAGCCUACCUGUUGGCUCUUGGUGGUGUAGCCCGUCCUUCUCAUUUAACUUUUAGUUCACUAAUUUUAAUUCCAUCUUCCAUUGAUGAGCCUAGAUAUCUCCUAAUAACUAGCCACACGGAGGCUCCAUGACUGUAGCCUAAUGCCGGUUUUAUGUUCUUAAUGUUAAGGCUCCCAAUUUCUUUUUAAAGUUCACACACCUAAUCCGUACCUCCCUCCCGCUCUCCUCCAUGCUUUUCCUCCAGUGUGUUUAAUCUCAAGAGGAGACAAAACAUCUGUCUGACCAAUCAGGCAAUCAAUCAAUGUAUAGUAUCUUUUUUGUAUAAUGUAUGUAAACCUUGUGUAAAUUCCUCUGUCUGUUUCUGUCUCUAUAUAUUGUCUAUUGCUAGUUGCACCAUAUCACCAAGUAAAAUUCUGGGUAUGUGUAAAUGUACUUAGCAAAUAAAUGAUUUUUCAGUCAGUGUCCUGGAUAUUGGGCCUCAGACGUGUUACAAGUCUCAGACGUGUUACUUAGUCCCCGCCCCUCUCUCUCAGUUCAAUUCAAGACUGUUUUUAAAGUGUUAACUCUCUCUCCCCCUCCCAUAGAUAGCCAGUGGUAAUGUGGAGGAGUAUUAUUUAAUUGUGAUAAAUCUGUGUUCUAAGAUUUUCCUUCACCUCUCUCUCCCUUCAGACGGCCAGUGGCAAUGUGGAGGCCAAGGUGGUGUGUUUCUACAGAAGGAGAGACAUCUCACACAGCCUCAUACAGUUGGCUGACAAACAUGCAAGUAAGUGGCUCUGUGUGUGUGGGUCAGUCUGUCCGUCCGUCCGUAUGUGUGCUUUUGUGUAUUAGUGUAACACUAGGCGGUAGCUGAAUGUCUGGAGAGUUUCCAGAGCCAUACAGCAGGGGUCCAGGCUCAGACGGUCAUGUUUAAUGUGUGUGUAUGUGCAGAGGACCUAGAGGAGGAUAAAGAGGAGGAGAAAGAGAGUCCGUUGGAGGCGGAGCUGACCGACAAACAGAAACACCAGUUACGCCACAGAGAACUGUUCCUCUCCCGCCAGUAUGAGAGUCUACCAGCCACACAUAUCAGGUACCCCCCCCCCCCCCCCCCCCCCCGUAAGAGGCAGUAUGCCUGGAUGUUAACACAGACAACCAUGCUCAUUUUCUCUCCUUUCACUCCCCAACUCUUUGUCUCACCCCUCGCCGUCUCUCUGCUCUUUCUCAGGGGGAAGUGUAGUGUGGCAUUGUUGAAUGAGACUGAAGCUGUCCUCUCCUACCUGGACAAAGAGGUAAGGGGGCUUGUGUGUGUGCACCAUACAUCCACACCUGCCAUUUAAAAUGCCUCCCAUGCCAUUCUAAUGUGUCAGCUUUGUGUGUGUAUAUAUUGUAAAACGUGUGUGUGUUUUACGUAGGAUACGUUCUUCUACUCGCUGGUCUACGACCCAACCCAAAAGACACUGUUGGCUGAUAAGGGAGAGAUCAGAGUGGGACCACGCUUUCAGGCCGACGUACCUGACAUGCUACAGGAGGGUAGGCACACACCUACACACAGACAUACUUACCAUACGUUCUUCACACACACACAUACACACACUCACACCCUCUGACUGUAUGUAUCUCUUUGUAGUGGAAUCAGAUGAGUGGGACCAGUCAAAGUUAGAGGAGAAGCUUUGGGAUCCUGACUGUCCUCUCUCCAGCAAACAGAUUGACCAGUUCCUGGUGGUCGCACGGUACGACAUUUAACCUCUAACCCCUGACCUCUCAGUUCCUGUUGGUGGUACCUAAGACCCCUGACCUCAAAACUGUGUGUGUGUAGGGCGGUGGGGACGUUUGCCAGAGCGCUGGACUGUAGCAGCUCGGUCAGACAGCCCAGUCUACAUACGAGUGCAGCCGCCGCCUCACGAGACAUCACACUGGUGAGAGACACACACACACACACCAUUUUUGAAUUGUCCUGAGUUUGACUGUUCGUCUACGGAUGUAACCUUCUUGAACGUCCACGGAUAAACUCUACAAUAUUCUCUCUGCCUAUUCUAGUUCCAUGCGAUGGACACGCUGCAUCGUCAUGGUUACGACCUGUCCAGUGCGUUGAGUGUGUUGGUGCCGUCCGGUGGGCCGGUGCUGUGUCGAGACGAGAUGGAGGAGUGGAGCGCCUCGGAGGCAGCCAUGUUUGAAGAGGCUCUGGAGAAAUACGGAAAGGACUUCAACGACAUAAGACAAGACUUUGUAAGUCUCAGUGUGUGUGUGGAGGGCAGGUGCUCAUGAAUAGCCAAACAUGUUUGAUUGCCUGUGUAUAUAGUAAACUGUGUGUGUGUGUGUGUGUGUUUGCGUCUGACAUGUUGGGUUCAGAAUAACCCUGGUCAGCCUGCUCAUCAAUAUUCAUGAGGGAUCUGACACACAGACGUCAAACACAUGAAAGUUAUUAAUACUUUUCCCUCUCUUUAGCUACCGUGGAAGUCUUUGACCAGUAUAAUAGAGUAUUAUUACAUGUGGAAGACAACAGACAGAUACGUACAGCAGGUAAGUCUCAGUAUCUCUACACCACUCCUGCUAACUAGCUAGCUUGCUUAGCUGUUAGCAGCAUCCAGUGCCAAGCUAUCCUCUGGUCUUUCCUUGGCUUGCAGUCUAACUCUCCUCUCUGUGUUUCUCUCCGAGCAGAAGAGACUGAAGGCAGCAGAAGCAGAAAGCAAACUGAAGCAGGUUUACAUCCCCACAUAGUAAGUGUGUGUGUGUUUGAUUGAGUGUGUGUUAGUGUUGAUGCACAAUGUCCAUAUACACUACAUUACCAAAGGUAUGUGGACAACUUCUUGUUGAACAUCUCAUUCCAAAAUCAUGGCCAUUAAUAUGGAGUUGGUCCCCCUCUUUGCUGCUAUAACAGCCUCAACUCUUCUGGGAAGGCUUUCCACUAGAUGUUGAAACAUUGCUGCGGGGACUUGCUUCCAUUCAGCCACAAGAGCAUUAGUGAGGUUGGGCGAUUAGGCCUGGCUGGCAGUCUGUGUUCCAAUUCAUCCCAAAGGUGUUCGAUGCGGUUGAGGUCAGGGCUCUGUGCAGGCCAGUCAAGUUCUUCCACAUCGAUCUCGACAAACCAUUUCUGUAUGGACCUCGUUGGUGCACGGGGGCAUUGUCAUGCUGAAACAGGAAAGGGCCUUCCCCAAACUGUUGCCACAAAGUUGGAAGCACAGAAUUGUCUAGAAUGUCAUUGUAUACUGCAGCCUUAAGAUUUCCCUUCACUGUAACUAAGGGACCAUUUUUCCUCCUCCACCAAACUUUACAGUUGGCACUAUGCAUUGGGGCAGAUGUGUUCUCCUGGCAUCCGCCAAACUCAGAUUAGUCUGUCGGACUGCCAGAUGGUGAACCGUGAUUCAUCACUCCAGAGAACGCAUUUCCACUGCUCCAGAGUCCAAUGGUGGCGAACAUUACACCACUCCAGCCGACGCUUGGCAUUGCGCAUGGUGAUCUUAGGCUUGUGUGCGGCUGCUCGGCCAUGGGAACACAUUUCAUGAAGCUUCCAACGAACAGUUCUUGUGCUGACGUUUCUUCCAGAGGCAGUUUGGAACUCGGUAGUGAGUGUUGCAACCGACGACAGACUAUUUUUACGCGCUUCAGCACUCGGCGGUCCCGUUCUGUGAGCUUGUGUGGCCUACCACUUUGCGGCUGAGCCGUUGUUGCUCCUAGACGUUUCCACUUAACAAUAACAGCACUUACAGUUGACCGGGGCAGCUCUAGCAGGGAAGAAAUUAGAUGAACUGACUUGUUGGAAAGGUGCCAUCCUAUAACGGUGCCACAUUGAAAGUCACUGAGCUCUUCAGGACGGGCCAUUCUACUGCCAAUGUUUGUCUAUAGAGAUUGCAUGGCUGUGUGCUCGAUUGUAUACCCCUGUCAGCAACGGGUGUGGCUGAAAUAGCCGAAUCCACUAAUUUGAAGGGGUGUCCACAUACUUUUGUGUGUAUAUAUAGUGUAUGUGUAUCUUCAGCUGUUACAUAGGAUUCAGAUUGUAAGCUUUGUUGUGUAUCUACCUCGUUUCGCAGCAAUAAGCCCAACCCUAACCAGCUCUCAGUGACCAAUGGGAAGAUGGCAAUGGUGAAUGGGGCGGGGCCUGGAGCCUACCAUGCAGCGGGGGGAGGACGGGCCUGCGAGAGCUGCUACUGUAAGUACACCUUCCUCCCUUUAUCCAGCCAUCCAGCUCUCCAUCCCUCAUGGGAGACUGAUGAACAGUGUUUAAGAGGAAACCUUAUUGAUGGACUGUUAGAUACUGAUUAUGCUUAUUGAUUAUGCAUUGAUAAGGUGUAUGAGUCUUUAUGUAUGUGUGUGUACAGCGAUGCAAUCAGCCCAGUGGUACUCGUGGGGGCCGCCCAACAUGCAAUGUCGCCUGUGUGUGUCGUGCUGGAUGUACUGGAAGAAGUACGGUGGCCUUAAGAUGCCAAGCAGAGCGGAGGCGCCCGAGGAGAAGACCCCACCCAGUCCUUUGCCCAACGUAAGACCUCACCUUUAACUACCCCACACCUCCCCUUUAACAUUGUUCCCCACUCAACAUAAAACCAAAUUCUGCUUAUUCAAUGUUACUGAACGUUCAGAUAUGGAUAUAUCAUGUAGAACAGUUGUUCUUCUUGGUCAUGGACAACAGGUAUUCAUGUGAGCCUUUUCUCCUUCUCUAGGAGCCUCGGUCGCGUGGCCACGGCCCCCGCCAGUCCAGUCACAUGGUGCCGGUGCGUAACAGCGGCAGCCCCAAGUCCUCCACGAAGACCAAGCAGGCCUUCUUGCUGCAGGCCUCCCGCCUCACCAAGCUGGCACGCCACAUGUGCCGCGACAUCAUCAGACUUCGACGCGCUGCGCGGCGCCCAUUUGUGCCCAUUAACUGUGGCGCCAUAAAGGCAGAGUGUAAGAGCUCCUUCAAUUCCUAACUUCUGCCUCAUGACACACCCAUACAUGGACACACACGCACGAACACACACUCGUACACACACACUGCCCCCUCCUUCACCUUGACACCCCCCUUUCACCCAUCCCCCCCACCUCGCUGCCCCCCCCUCCCACGUCUGUCUCUCUCUCUGUUUUUGUUAUAUUGUAUUAUAUUAUUAUUAUUUUGGUUUUGUAUUCUCCCCGGUUUCAAUAAAGACUGCCUGUCCUCAUGACUUUUGUGUUUCAUCAUCUGUUGGUUUGUCUGUUUUGGUUUGUUUUUAAGUCACUGUAUCAACUGAACAGCCAUUAUAGCCGUUUGAAAUCCAUACAAGCACACACUCUUCUCCAAACAUUUUUCAGAAAAAGUAAUUUUCUAUACAUGCCCACCCAUACACAAACAUAGAUGCAUAUAAUUUAUGCUUGUCCUAUUUUCCAGGCCAAAGUAUAUGAUAGUUGUAGAAUGUAUGCAUAUAUUUAAGGUUAGUUAGAAGUAUAUUUUAAUAAGAAAAGCUCUAUUUUGCGCAGCACAUUGCGUGUUACAUUAAUGAGCCUUUGUAUGUGUGCUUUUCUGCGUGUAUAGGUGCUUUUUCUGCAAGUAAUUGUGUGUAUGAGUGAUCGCUGUGAUUGCUUGAGAGCGGUUUGAUUAGCUAGAGCUCAUCUGACAACACGGAGGAAGAUAAUGAGGAAUGGACAUAAGGGAGAGGAGGGAAAGGAAGGUAGAGGGAGGAGGGGAACAGAAGUAAAAAGUAGUGGCUUCUAUGAAGAUAAUGAUGAUGAUGGUAAUCAGCCCUCCAUUCUCUGCUUUUCUUUCUGAGUUUGAAGCUUGUUUAUUAUUUACUAUUUCUGUGUUGCCAUGUCAACCCACUCCUGCUCCCAUUCUGUCCUGUAAGCAACUCUUACGUGCCCAUAUCAGGACCUUCCUCUGUCCCAGUCAUAUGGACUCAUCUCUAUUUCUCCUACCUUGUCUUGUUCUUCUCUCUUCCACUCCCUCUGUCUCUAUCUCUUCCUCUAUCCAUCUCUCUCUCUGUGAAUGUGACAGUGGUAACUAAUAAAGUCACAGCUGAAACCAUCCUCUCUGAGUCCUUGUGCUUCAUGUGUCUAUGUACCUGUCCAUCACUACAUCAAACAUACCGAUUGGCCAGAGGACCAGACAAGGCCUGCCCCUACAGCAUGGACUCCGCCUCUCUGCCUGCUUCCAUCACACCCCAGUCACACCCUCACCAUGCUGUAUAUGCGUGUGUGUGCAUGCAUGUGAGCAUGUAUGUUUUAGUGUUUUUAUUUUAGGUGUUGUGUUUUAACGUAUAUUCAGUUUGUGUGUGUGACAGAGAGAGCUCUGCUACUACAUCUCCCCACAACCAUCUUAUUCAGUAAGUCGUCUAUAAACACAUCGUUUCAGUCUCAUAAACUGACUGUUUUCAACUCAGACUGAAGCAAGAUAGUUACAGUAGCAGAUUAGUAGUUGCACAGCUAUUUUUAGUGGGUUACAGUUCGUUUCGGAGCCUUCAGAUAAAUUCUGCGUUAGAGAUUAAACAAUACAAGAAAACUACACCGCAUGCAACAGGCACCGGUAGAUUAACCAAAAUGUCUCAAUAUUCCUGAGUCUGACUGUGAAUGACAGUACAGCUGCUUUGUUUGUCACUGGCGGUGUGAUUGGUCAGUAGAUGAGCUGCUGUUUGGUGAUUGGUCUAGAUAUGUUGCGGGUGUCGGAGGGGCAAGUCGGGCGACCAUCCAGAAUCCGGACCACCCAGAGGAGCACCCUGACCAGCGUCCUGCAGUUCCUGGGUAACACACACACACCUACACCUACACACACACACACACACACAAUACCUAAAUAAUGGAGCAAAUACGUCCCACGACAUGUUUCUAUGACAUGAGUAAUCCACAAAGAAUGACAUUCUCCUAUGACAACAAAAACAUAAAAUAAUUAGUGAUAUGGGUAUCAAAUGUGUGAUGUAAUGUGUUCCAGAGUCCCGCCCCGCGAUACACGCCCCCCGUUCUCACCGAACCCUCGGCUUACAAGCCCCCCCCCAACGCCGCCUCCUCUCUUCUCUCCCUUACGGUCCCCAUGGCCUUCUGGGUAAACGCAGCUUCCACCACCACACCAGAGCAGAGCCGGAGAAACGCCCAGGUACACACACUCACACACACACCCACACACAUACAGACACACACUUGCACACACACAUACAAUCACACACACACCAAUUAAUCUCUAUCAUGUUGUCUCCUGUGUCCUUCUGUAGAAAACCCAGGGCAGACAACGGAACCAGUUGUGAGUAACAGUCUUUCUUUUACUAAACACUUUACAUACUGUAGAUUGCGCUCCUACUUGACUACAUUGCAGACGCAUCCCAGAUCUCAAAAUACCUGGAAAGGUUUUAAUAUAUCCGCUAACCACAUCGUAUGACAUACCAAUCUGCCCGACUGCUGCCCAGUUGAUGACGUAGCACACAACUAUUGGUUGAUGAUGCAAUGCAACGUCUGCAAUGUAGUCGGGCAGCAACUACAUUCAAAUACAGACUUCAAAUACAGACAUUUAAGGUUGACUCCGCAAUAUUGCAUCAUUUAACAUGGCAGAUUUUUCUUGGAUGAUUAUGAGGUGCUUGUAUAUGAUUGACAUAUUCUAAUUGUUUGUGAUUGGCUCUUCCCAGCACAACGGCCGUAGCAGUGGAGUCGGAGGGACCAGGGGCAGUGCUAGGGGCGGAGUCAUGAUUAGGAAGCGACGCCCAAACUUGAUCGAUGCCCCUGACGACAGCUUCUUCCUCGUCUCCCGGGAGACCAGGUAGGUGUGGCCUCUGAUUGGCAGCUGGGCUGAUGAUGCGUUCGACUGUCUUAUAUGUGAUUGCCGCGUGACGGCUGAUUAUGCCUGGGACUGACAGCUGAUUGGGCUGAAGCAGCCAUGUCCUAACAAGCUUCGACAACCAUGACUCACCGAGCACAGAAAUAGAAUAAUAGAGAUGAGGACGUAGAAAUGUAAUGAAUAAACAGGUCACAGCUGAGCGUUGAGAUGCAUCAGGAGUUGAGUCUGGGUCAAACUGGGUCAAAUUGGACUAUAGAUGCACACUAAGAAAUUAGGGUUCCUCAAGGGUUCUUUAGGAAGGGUGAUGGUUCUAUGUGGAACCAUACUGACCCAAAACCAUACUGACCCAAAGCACCCUUUGAGCUCUUCAAAGGUUCUUUGCAGUUCAAAAAAGGGUAAUUUUUUUAGUGAUAAUUAAAAUGUAGGGGUGGCGGCUCAAUCAAAUAUUUUGGGGCGUGGUUUGCGCACAGCUCUUUUUGUGCAACCGUGAGUGAGUGUCAUUCCAGUUGAUCUAAUCUGUUGUGUUAUGCUAUUACAUUAUAUUAUUAUAUCUGACUAUGGCCAGUGAUGGUGUCUUGUGAAAGACUUGCGUAAGACCUUGUGUCAGUUGAGAACGGUUGACUCAAUUCUCUCCUCAGGGACCCCCAGCCGUUCCAGAGCUAGCAACCUGAUUCAACUUGUUAAUAAACACAAUAAUACAAUUAAUGCAAUUUUAACAAUUUAAUAUGGCUAAUAAACCCUGCAUGGUUCUACAAAAAACGUUGAGAUUGAGAAAGGUUCUUUAAAGAACCAUUCUCCAUAAAGGUGUUCUAUUUAGCCCCCAAAAGGGUUGUAACCAUAGCGGAACCCUUUUUUGGUGCUAUAUACAACCUUUUUUAAUUGUUCUUUAUAGAAUCUUAGGAAAGGGUUCUUUAUAGCACCAUCCAGGUUCCAUUUAGAACCUUAUGAGCAUGGUUUUUUAUAGAACCUUCAAAAAAAGGUUCCAUGUACCACCAAAAAGGGUUCCGCUAUGGUUACAAGCCAAAGAACCCUUAGUUGGCACUAUAUAGAACCAUUUGGUUUUAGUGUGUGGUCUAUGGAUAUUGUUUUGCUAUGCAUCAACUUGCUAGGUUAAGGGAUAGUUAGUUUAACAUCUUUUAAUGGGGAUCACAACUGUAGGGUACACAGGGCUGAGACUGAAGCCACUGCCAAGCUGAUGAAUGGGACUCCACAGGUAACCAAAUAGGCUCAUCUCAUACAAAACACACUCACAUAAUGUUAUCUCUCUUAAUGUACACACACACACCUGGGCCCGUAUUCAAAAAGUGUCUCAGAGUAGAAGUGCUGAUCCAGGAUCAGUUCCAUAUAAUGUUAUUACGACCUCAAAUGCACCAUCCUACACUCUAAGAAAAAAAGGCUUCCAAAAGGGUUCUUCGGCUGUCCCCAUAGGAUAAGCCUUUUGGAUUUCAUGUAGAACCGUCUGUGGAAAGGGUUCUACAUGGAACCAAAAAGGGUUCUACCUGGAACCAAAAAGGGAUAUUCAAAGGGUUCUCCUAUGGGGACAGCCAAAGAACCCUUUUAGGUUCUAUAUAGCACCUUUUUUUCUAAGAGUGUACAUUAGCACUCCUACUCUGAGACUCUUUGGGAAUACAGGUCCUGACCUCUCGUGCCCUGUUGCAUCGUGGGUCGGCGUGUGUUUCCCUUCCUGUCAGUGACUGGCUGCUUGUUUCAUUUCAGUGCUGCAGCCGUUACACACCUGCUCACGGUAAGCCCCCAACCCCGCACACACACACAUGCACACCCACGUGCACACGCAAAUGUAAGCACACACACACACAUGUGACCUGGGUUACCUGUGGAGUCUGUUUCUCACUUGUGGAUCGUACAGUCCAGUCAACUUGAUAAUGCACUCACACACAGUCCAUGAAAAAUGUCCACCCGCAUCACCCCCCUUUUUCCCUGGAUGAAGGGUUAUUUUAGUCUAAUUGUCUGAUAUUGACCAGGCUUCAGUGGAAAUAUUAUUACUGCACCAUUGGAGCAUCCACUUACAUGCCACUGUGUGCGUGUGUGUGUGUGUUUGUGUUUGUGUGUGUGCCAGAAUACUUCCUCUUCCCAGAAUCUCAGCUGUAAUAUGCUAAUGAGUCUCAUCUGAUUGGCUGACACUAAUUAGAACCAAUUAGAGCUCAGAUAGAGGUCAGGCUGGUGGUGUGUGUGCGCAUUUGUGUUUGUGUGUGUGUGUGUGUGUGUGUAAGAUUACAUAUGCCCAAUGUUUCUAAACAGGUAGAGAUUAGUCUCCCAAGGGUCGGCGGACAGGUUGUUUCCCAUAUUGAAAAUGUUCCAACAUACACGUCUGCACAGGUUCAAGCAUAGGUUGGGCAAGGCAGAAAUGGACGUGCAGGAAAUCCGUUCUGAGCCUUAUGUCUUAAACAUCCCCACCGGACACAACAUUUGUAACUAGCUAGAUGGAGCUUACAGAGAAUAUUUGUGUUUUGCUAGUAAGUAGUUUGCAUGCACCAUGACAGCUAACGUUAGCGUAACAAGCUUACAACCACUAUAGUAACCCUAACUACUGUAUCUGGAUCCGAAUUGUGUCCGCCUCUGUCAUGUUUCUGAGAGGAUUAUUGCUCAAGAGCACAAUUGCCGUUCACAUUCUACGCCCCACCUACCCAAACUCGUGAUUUGUUGGUAGAGUUGUCUGUCUGAAGAGCACUCUCCCCAGAUUUUUUUGUUCUCCCCUUUUGAAGUUACCGAGAAAUUCCCCCAUGUUCCCCAGACCUAAUGCUGUUGCUCUAGGUCUGCGAUUUUCGAGACUAUGAAAGAAUAUAUUCAGUAAAAGGUACUAGCGACUGUGUGUGUGGCACACUCAUACAUUUUCCAUGACUCUGUGACUGGUCCUGCCUCACUAGAUGGAGUGAUCAAUAUUACUGAUUAUAUCACACAGAGAAACUCUCUAAUAAACACUCAGGCAUUCACCAGACAGCCCUGCCCUCAGGACCUGUCUCUCUCUCCAUCUCCCUCUCUCUUUCCUUAAUGCAGUAAAAAACAAUGGCCAAAACAACACAAUAUGCACGCACAAACUCACACACAGUGUCUAUAUUAGCCAAAUUAAAUCCCAGCGUGCGUUGUACUGGAGGUAAUUGAUACAUUUUUCUGUUCAGAGAAAUUAUAAACAACCCUGAGAGAGCGAGAGAGAGAAGGCGAGAUGCUGCCAAUGCUGUAGUAAUAGACUCUCUGCAACAACAGCCCUUUACUUAAUGUAUCUUUCUCUCAGUCUCUCCCAGUGUUUUAGCAGAAUAAAAGGUUAGAGUGAGACCGUGUGUUCUAACGUUCUGUUGAGUUCCCCUCUGAUGUCAUAUCCUGUCCUCUCUGAUGUCCUGUCCCCUCUGAUGUCAUGUCCUGUCUCUCCAGGAGGGCCAGGCGGCUGCUGUCACGGUCCCAGCUGAGGCGCGCCUGUCGACAGCCCUGUGAGCAGAUCACCCUGCGCAAGGCCUCCCAGGCACUACCACAGGGGCCGCUACUCGCCCCUCCACACCCCCACCCCAGCCUCAGGAUGAGGGGACCCAUCGUUAUCCACGACUGA